GUAGACUGUUAGUUCACAGUUAACAGAACUCUUCUACUGUUCCAUCCUCUCUGAGAUUAUCGGGAUGUAGUUUUAUGUGAAAAGACAUUUGAGUUCUAUUACACUAUCAAAAUGAAUAAGUCUGCUGCAGUAGACAAAGAAGGGAGGGUGAAGAAGACAGCCAAGUCAAGUGCUGGUCCAGCGUUCGUUCCAAUGGAGAAAGCAAGUGAUAUGGCCCAAGUAUUAGACCUCUCUCCGCUGCAGGAAAAGGAGCGAAUAAAGCAAAGGGCAAAGAAAAAUGCUAAAGCUCCAUAUAAAGAAGACAAGAGGCAAUCUCAAGAGCUGCAGGUUUCAGAACAGAUUAACCCAGCACCAGUUCAAAUGACACAAAUGAUGAUACCAUCCAGCGUUCAAAUGACAAAUAUGAUGAUACCAUCACCAUCGCUCCCUGAAACUAUUCCCAAGCAAGAUCCAUUUUCACUCAGCCAGCAACAAAAGGCUAUCCCAUCCCCCUCGGUUCCAAAGCUGUCUAAUACUGACUUGCUCCUAAAGAAGAAAGCAGUCCAAAAGUCGCCCUAUAUUGAUUCAGGAAUGAGAGAAACACAUAUUGCGGAGAUGCGAGAAUAUCAAAGUCGGAUCGUGGACCUUGCACAGAGUCAGGCCAAGGGACAACCAGUGCCUCAGAAUCUUGAUCUGGAUGGUGUGCUAGAAAAGGAUAGGAGACUCUCUCUGCAAGCAACAAAUGCUCCCACUAUGACUGAUAUUGCAAAACUGAAACCAACUUCCAUGAACAUCCGUUCACUCAAACCGUAUUUGAAACCAAAGUGUGGACUUCCCCUAUUCACUGGAAAGGAUAUUUUGGCACAAACGGUCACAAACCAAAGACUUGGUUCACUGAGUUUUGCAGGGCUUGACCUGCUGACAGACCUUUUCUUCAAGAUUCUCCUUGAUCACAACGUCAUGCUUCCUCAUCUCACCCGCUUCAUUGGUUCAGGUGCUGUCCAUGUAUCGGACAAAGGAAUACGGUGGUUAGUUCAGUUAACCGGGAAGCUCCAAGAGGUGAAGUUCACUGGUUGCAAGAAAAUCACAUCAUGCGGCCUGGCAUUGUUGUUGCAUUCACAGACGAGUAUAGAAGACAUUGACCUGUGCUUGUCUGGAGUCACCAUGGUCCCACCUAUAUGGGGGAAGCCCGAUUCACAUGUCAAACUGAAGCUGGAUGGAUGUCCUCUCAUAUGUCCAUCUCUCACAAAAUUUGUUGAUCAUUACAUACCAAACCAGGAUCAGUACCAAGUCAAUGAAAAGGACAUUCUGCCCUUGAAACAACGCAAAGUGGUGAUUCUUAGUGGCAACGAUUGUGACUUCAACCUUGGUAAAUACAUCAAGGGUGAAAGUGGCACCUUCCAACCCUGGCCGGUUACAGUAUGCACCAAUGUGCCAUUCGGUGAGAACUACAUAUUCAACCUCUACGAGAUUAACAGGAAACAGGUUGUAAUGGAUUUAUUCAUCAGUGAAGGCUCGAUUGUGCUUAUUCCAUUCUUCCUUGACCAGUGUGACAAAGAGCACUUCAAGUCCAUGGCUACCAAAUUAGCUAAGAGAAUCACCAAUGUUGUGGCAAAGGUAGAACAUACUCUUCCCGUCUUGGUUGGUCUCCACUCCAACAAGAUGAAGCAGGAUGAAGCCAUGACCCUAAUCAAGGACAUGCAGUGUGAGGUCAAGAACGCAGUGUGGAAGAAGGCUGAUGCCCUCGAAAGGCGAUUCAAAGUGAUGACCAAACGGAAAUGGAUUGUGGACAACUACGACAUGGAGGGCCUGCUCUACACCAGUCAAGCAGCUUGCGUGGUUGACAGAAUACAAAAGGUUCCAAUCUUUUGGGAAGUGAUCAACAUUGACAAAAGGAUUGAUCCGUCCACAAGUUUCAAGGAUGCAUUGUUUGCCGCUGAAAACUUUGUCUGGAUGUCGUAUACCACUCCUGAAACCCAAGAGGUUGAGAAUAAACUUCUCGAAAAGGUGGAGUGGAUCCAGCCAUUCUCGGAGAUUUCGAAACGGGCAGAUGAGGUCGCUAUGAAGAAUGGGUUUCACUUGUCGCACAUGACGCAACCAGUUGUAAAGAAAAUAGCUGAAGAGUUGCAUCGCAGGGGUUCAGUUAUGUACUUUUCCAAUCUGGAGGAGGAACUGUUCGUGACUGACACACAUUGGUUCGUGAAGUUGCUGGCAGUGAUCUUUCGCCCACCUCCACCCAGUGACAGCCUUGCUAGACAGAUCAGGUUCAUCGGCACGGAUCAGUUGAUGUGGACAGAGAACGCGCUUCGAAAAUCGUUGGUGUCUGUCAGUGUCACACUUGCAGGGAAACUAACUGAUGAGCAGCAGUUACUGAUCAUCGAACUGCUCACAUCCAUUGGUGCAUUGAUAGAAGUCCAGGUGGAUCGUUUCACUAAGGAUGACCCGUCUACAGUCUUCCUGGUUGGCGAUCUUCUCCCUGAUGAACCCUGUAUUGAAAGGGAAAAGCUUUGGGAGGAGGAAAAGCCUGAGUUCUGUGUUCAACGCGACAAGCAUUACCAGUUCUCACCAGAGCUUCCAAUGUCCCUAUUACCAAGUUUCAUGCAGCGGGUCGCCAAGAUCUACAAAUUUACCCUACUCUGGAAGCGUGGGUUCUUGAUUAGGCGUGGAGGGGUGGAUCUGUUGAUGGAACAGCAUGAGGAUGAAGAUGGAGAUCCUGUCAUUGUGUUCAGUUGUCGUACAGAGUUCCAUCGCACUGAAUCCGUCCGAUGUCGUAUGCAGUGUCUGUGGUCACUUCUGAAUACUGUCACAACCAUCAUGGACUACACAAUAAAGAUGAUUGGUGCUUUUGCAAAUGUGAUUGUUCCUUGUCCAACAUGUCACAGUGAUAAGAGCAACAAAAAGAUUGUAAAGGACAAUGACGUCUAUCGUUACUUUGUGCACAUUAGCAAGGCAAGCUCGGGCAAAGGCAUGAAGUGUAACAGCCGGAAGUACAAAUGUUCAGAGUUGCCAAACUACUCCAGGAACGUAGAGCAGAUUGUUGGGCCAGAAAACCUCUACAAUUUAGUACCAAAGCAUCUGGCCUCCAAUCUGGCUUCCACUGAGGAUACUCUCCCUGACUUCAACCGAUGUGCCAUGUGUGAGCAAUGCAUUGUCAGUGGAAGGAAGUGUGCGUCGUAUGGGUUGCCUGCUAGGACUGUAAGACACUGCGAGUGCAAGUCUGUUCCUCUUCAGCAUCCGUGCCCAAGUUGUGGGGUCUGUACCAAAUGCACACAAUUCUUGAUGGAAAUGACUUUCACUCUGAUGCCUGUCUCGUUUGGUGAGUCCAAGUGGCGACCACAUGGCAGAAAAGGCAAAAAAGCUGAGCAAGACUAUGUGUUCAAUCCAAAGACAAGCUGGUUGAAUAUCGCCAAGAAUAAUCUGUACGUUGUUGAAAAUAUUGCCUUCUGCCCAGAGAGAUUCAACUUUCUUGACCUGAGAGUCUACAAAGGGAACCAGAUGUCCAUUGGUGUUUUAGGGGAAGACAUGCAACCACUGAUAGCGUACAACUUGAACCGGGGAUGUUUUGGCAGAGACUGGGUGUUCAAUGCGGCCCGUAUAGCUUCUGAUGAGGCAUGGAAGGGUGGAGUAUCUCCUGAGGUCUCUGUCAAGGUCAGACAUGUCACCCCCAAGGACAACCAGCCUCGGCAGCCAGGUGUGUCAUUAGUUGCUGUGGAAUUCUACAAGACUGGAGUCAAGAUCUGGACUGAAUAUCUCCAAGACAACGGCAAACUGAGACUAGCACUACACGGAGAAGGUCCUUGCAAUAUGAUUGCUCAGACACCCACUCUGUGGAUGGAGCCGCCCCUUGAUGCUGACCACCCAGAUCUGGCAUCCGGCAAUUUCUUCGUUGAAAUUGAAAAGGAAGACAACAAGGACAAGUUGGUGCUUGCUUCAGUGACUUCUGUGUCGGUGGACGGUUAUACACUCGAAACAGAUGAAGGAGAGAAGACCAUUCCAAAGAAUGACCCCCGACUGCAUCCACUUGGGUAUUCCUUUGCCAGUGGGACUGACCGUGUCCUAUAUCUUUCACCAAAACUUGAAAAAGGAUCAACUGUGCCAGUGCCAACAACUACGCGUACCAAGAGGCAGAGAUUGGGCAGCAAAACAGCAGCUAUGGUGCCUCAUGUCACGUGUGUUGAGUCCCUGAACAAAAUGAUUGAUGACAAGCCAUACAAGGCCCUACCGAUGUGGUUCUUCACUCCAGAGCAGCGCACAGGAUGGGAGCCGUCUUACUGUGACUUGUAUAACUGCACCAGAUGGAACACAUCACCUGAAGCUCUUCUUUGUGCUUUUACGAGAUCGCGAGCCAAACAUGAGGAGGAAUUGAUGGAUUUGAUUGAUGCUCAACACUCUGGUGAGCCUGUUGCGGCCAUGGUGCUGAUGCCAAGGAAAAUGGACCAAGAAAUGCUGACAUUCCAGUCAAAACCAUUGUUCCAGCUGGAAAAGAACUAUCAGGUGCUGCAUCUGUGCACAAGUCGCCAGGAAAAAUCCAACAUCCACUUGAUAAAUACCAAAGGUCUGAGCUUGCGCAAGGUUCACCGAACCUAUGUUGAGACAAUGAUAGCCACUCAGACGUUCCUUGGGCUGGGCUCGAGGAUGGAGCUUCCUGGUUAUGACAAGAUGCUGAGGAUGCACAAGGAUUUCAAUCUCAGGGAUGAACAGGUUGUGUACUACUUCAAUGAACUACUCCAGUCAGUGACGUCAGUCCUAAUGAUCUACUUUGUGGAUUGCAAGUUGGCCAACCGUGGAGAAAACCUCAUGGCAAGUGAGAAGCUAGUACACGAGUUCAUUGAACACAAAGAAAAGCAUCUGGAUUGGAGUGGCGAUGCAACCAUGUGUCCAGCUCACAUUCUGCAGAUGUCCUACGACCCAUCCCAGCUGGAGAACUCACCGAAACUGAAGCCAUACAUCAAAUUCCUCAAGACAGUCGAGUGCAAUCCAUCAAUUGAGCACUUGCCGCAAGAUUUUUUCAAUGAUUUACAAGGCUUGGAAGAAUUCAGUGCGAAUAAAUCUCAUCUGCGUGAGCUUCCCCAAGGGCUGGACAAGUGCGCUCACUUGACAAAGUUGGAAUUUUCCGGGACGAAUCUCACGACGCUGCCGACGGAUAUGAAGCAACUGAAGGGCCGUCUGCUGCACCUUGAUAUAAGCAUGACCAAUAUUACGGCGAUCCCCGAUGUUGUUUUUGAGUUAGUGUCCCUCGAGACCCUGAUCGCCGAUAACCUUCACCUGGCAACAUUGUCGGAAAGUCUCAAGAACUUGUCGAACCUCCUCCACCUGUCCCUGAAGGGCGCAGUGUUAAGUGGGCUACCCAAGGCCAUCACUAAGCUGAAGAAGCUCGAGAGGUUGGAGCUUGCCGGCAUACCGUGGUUAGAUGUCAAACCGGGUCACUUUAUCACAGAGCAGGCGUUUAGGGAAUACCUGCGGAGCAUUAAUGACGAGAAUCAACAGGUUCUCGCCGAUAUUGUGCCAAGAUUUGACAAAUUUGUCUCUGUCAUUGAUGAGAAGGAAGCAGGGAAACUGAAUGCGGAGCUGUUCCGAGUUUUCACCAGAUUUGGCUUUCAUGGAGAUUACCAACCUGUUGAAGACCGUGCAGGAGGCUUCCCGCCUGAGAUCUUUGAACUUGAGAACCUGACAUACCUCGACCUAUCCUACCAGGGUGUCGUCUUUGUCCCUGAAGAUAUCAGCAGGCUGACCAAGUUAAAAACCCUGCUCCUGAACGACAACCCUUACUUGACUCUACUGCCUGGUGCCGUUGGAAAUCUACCCCUGGAAAGGCUUGCAAUUGAUGACUGCCCAUCCCUGAAGACCCCACCACCUGAGAUCUGUUCCAAAGGGUUCAUGGCUCUGAUGGGCUACUUGCGACGUCUGGUUGCUGGUUCUGUGGCAUGUAAGAGGACCAAAUUGAUGAUCGUUGGGCUUGGUGGAGCCGGAAAAACGAGCCUUGUAAAAGCCUUGUUGAGUGGAGAGAACAAAUGUCAUAUUGAGUCUGGUGAGGCAAUCACUGAUGGCAUUGAUAUUCACUCCUGGCCAUUAACAAUGAAAAAUGACACUGUCACCUUCAGUGUGUGGGACUUUGCCGGCCAGACCGUCUACUACAACACACAUCAGUUCUUCCUGUCCAACAGAGCAGUCUACCUCUUGUUGUGGAACAUCCGUCUUGGCUACGAGCACGCUGGCUUAGAUUUCUGGUUGAGUUCAAUCUCAGUCCAUUCGCCGCAAGCACCUAUCAUCAUUGUGGGCACACACUUGGAUCAGGUGUCCAACUACGUUAUCCCACAAAUCGAGCUGAAGAAGCGGUACCCCCAGAUCGUUGGCUUCCAUUUCAUCAGCACUUGGUCGGGGCAGGGCGUGCGUGAGCUCCAGCAGAAACUCUUCUCUGUUUCCAUCCAACAGAAGUACAUGGGAGAGAAAAUACCAGAGGUCUGGCUCAGAUUUGAGGAAAAAAUACUUAGCCACCGUACCAAGUCUGAUGUUGUGAGCUACUCAGAUGUGGAAACGAUUGCAACUGAUAGUGGCAUAUUUGACAGUCUAGAGACAAGCCAAGCUGUGCGUUUCCUCCAUGACCUGGGCACCGUCCAGCACUUCGAUAAUCAAUUCCUCCGUGACAAGGUGGUGGUCAAUCCCCAGUGGAUUGUGGACGUCAUGGCCUGUGUUGUCUCAGUGAAGGAUUCACCAAUCAAGGAGGGAAAGUUCAAACAUUCAGACAUUGCCAAAGUAUGGAAAGACUUUCCAGAAGAAUACCAUGAAUGGCUACUCAGACUUACGGAAAAGUUUGACCUGACCUUUCCCCUGCCAGAGAAGGCCUUAAACCUGGUGCCCUGCCUUUUGCCUGAGACCGAACCAGAGAUAUCAUGGCCAAGCAUUGACAGAAAGAAGGGCAGACGUGAAACCAAGAUGGAGUACAAGUUUGAGUACCUUCCUGUUGGCCUGUUCAAUCGUGGCCAAGUGCGACUGUACGAGUACUCAGAUAGCUCUUUCAUCUGGAAGAGAGGCUCCGUCUUGAAGAAGAACGGUCACGUGGCUUUGAUCAUGCAGACCAGGGACAACAAACUACUACUGAAGUGCCAUGGUCCACGUCCUGAGAACAUCCUCUUCAUGAUCCAUGAAGUGUUCGAGACGCUCAUUCAGGAGUCAUUCCAGGGGGUUCAGUAUGAUUUCAGGGUGCCUUGUGGAGAGUGCAUGAAUAUGGCGCGUGACCCUUACAUGUUCAAGGGAUCAACAAUCAGGAGGGCCACAGGUCUGAAAACACCCUUCUUACAGUGUGUCAAGAACUUCCAUAUAAUCUCUCUGACAGACCUGAACGGUAUAUGUCCCCCAGAUGACAGCCAGGACUAUGACCUACACCUAAAGAAUACAGUUCAGAGUUUGACCGACCUCAGAUUGGAUCUCAGUGCUGAUAUCUUCAUCUCCUAUUGUUCUGAAGACCUUCCAAACAGUGAUGGAAAAAUGGUGGACCCAAGAGAUGUCAGGAACAGUUUAGUGGCUGCAGGUUACAAAUGCUGGUUCGAAGAAAACACUGAAAAGGAUGUCCUAGAAGAAAGGAUGCUGGCUUUGAGAGACGCCAAGAUUUUCCUGUGUAUGAUCUCCAACAACUACACAAAGGAUCCAGACUGUUGCAACUCGUUCAAGUUUGCCCGGACUGUUCUAAGGAAGCCCAUGGUCAUUGUGCUGGUCGGGCAACGGGGCGUGCACACUUGGAAAGAGAGUGCUCUCGGGAUGCUCAUAUCAGAUGAGAUAUACAUCAACAUGCAGAGAGUUGAACACAAUGAAGAGAAGACAAGAGAGCUGUUGAAGACUUUGUCAGAUCGCCUGUCCGCUUCCGCCAAAAAGCAGGACAAUCCGCCUUGUUUCUUCAGUUACUGUUGGAAGAACUCGCAAAGGGCUAUCAAGCUUGGCCUAGAGUCAGUUCCAGGGGCUGUUGGAUUUGGUGAUCCAAGAGAACUGAAGGACUACCUCCAGAAUAAUGGCAUCAAUUCAUGGCUUGAUAUUGAAAGAGCAGGAUCAGUCCAUGGUGGAUUAUUUGAGGACAUCGCUGAAGGUCUGCGAGAUUCGCAAGUCAUCGUGGCGUGUGUCUCGAACGAGUACGCCAGUUCACUCAGCUGUCAGAUGGAGUUCAGAUUCGCUGCCAGGGCCCUCAACCUACCCAUCAUUGUUGCCGUUGUUGGUACAGGGCAGCAAUGGAGGGCCACCGAGGUUGGCAUGCUGUCUCUCGACUAUGACCAGAUCAACUUCCAAGAGCCCACGAAAACUGGUCACGAAAAGCUGUUGCAGAUUGUCAAGACGUACGUCAAGCCAAAGGCUGUUGACGGCCGGGAGACGAAGAAGAAAAAGGAUGCUGAAAAUGAUGAUGAGAAAAAGGCUUCAUAUCAGGAGCUAUUUGAGCUUGCACAGAGAAAAUUCCUGCGGCAGAUCUCAACAUAUGCGGACAUAUUUGAGCUCCACCCUUUCCCACGGCUUGUGAUUGUGGACUUCGCUGAACCAGAGGAAGUUGAAGAAGAAAAACCAGCGUCGGGCGAGAAAGUUGAAGAAACUGCUAAACUCAUUGAGGUAGCCAAACCUACCGCCAAGCCAAGGAUAAAGGAUGAAGUGUUUGGAAGUAACGCAUCCAUUGACAGAUUGAGCGACCGUGAUAUUGACCAUUCGCGUGAUCAUGAUAAGGACGAUACGUCGUCUAGUUCCCGUUCGCAGAAAAAACAGAGAAAACGCCGCCAGCUGACUCGAAGGAAUCUGAGCAGUGUUGCUCAAAUACUGACAUUCCUGAGGAGGAAGUUCUGCUAUAAGAUUCUGUGUGAAAAUGAGCAGGGCUGGCAUCUGGUUGGAGACCCCAUACCAGUCUCAUCCCAUUUUGGCGAGUCACAGCUCACCCAUUAUGCGCCAUAUCUUGCUAGGAUCCUGGCAGUUAUCAAGCAUAGCUCGAAAAUACAGCUCAACUGUAUUGGGGGUGAGCAGGGGGAGGCAUUCAUUAAAUGGCUUGAAGAGACAACUAUGAGCCACACCAGUUCGGACUUCAAAGCUGCCUUUCAGACGUUGAGAAGAGAUGCCGGAAAAGCUGAUCACGGGAAAUCGGCAAAUAAUCUCGCAAGAUGUCUGACGACCUCAGGCAAGGUGUUCUGGAUGUGCAAUUCCCAGCACGACAAGUCACGCAUGACCGUCCUCACAGAUACUGCUGCCCCAAUAUCUGUACCUGCAGACCAUAGCGCCGCAAUGGAAAAUUACAUGCUCAAUCACAUGAGGCCUCUAAAGGACUGGGAGCAGCUAGCUGAGAAGUAUCUUCCCAAGGAUGUGACUUACCUUAGUCCAGACAAAUCCACUGAGGGGAAAGGAGAAACAGAAAAACGAGACACACAACCAGAGGUGACGGACAAGCUUCAACAGGGCACAGCCACGACGGGGAGUGGGGUGCCACUACAGGGUAAAACGACAUUGGGCAUCGAGGGGAAAAAGGAGGAGUCGGCCACAGGGAGUAAGAAGCCUGGGGAGUCGGUCAAAGGGAGUAGGACAUCCCUGCAAGGAAAAACAGAAAGAAAGCGAAAAGAAACAGAUUUAAAAGCUGCAGCAAUGGGAAGUAGUGCCUCGAUUCGGUCGGUAACGAAAACGGAACAUCCGGUUCCAAGCAGUAGUACUGAGAUCAAAGCCGAGGGGAAAGAGCGGCCAGAGUUUCAUGCCAGGAGUAAGUUCAAGGCUGCGGGUUAUGCUGCUCAAGCGUCAGUCAAAGCUGCAAAUUAUCAGAAGGGGAGCAAGGCUUGUGUAAUUUUGUAAAGAUCUUAGACUGUGAUUUCAAAGACUGUAGAAUAUGCAAUGGUAUUUGACUAUAUAUGAGGCCAGCAGAACUUUCUGCACUAGCAAAGUAUACAAGCUUGUUGGUAUUACAUACACUGUUUGAUGUCACCAUUCAGAAAACUAAGGAGUAUACUUGUGCUCUUGAACCCAGUUUGGCUUUGUAGGCUGAAGGUGAGUUACAACUGGCUUGUGAGCAGAGCUGAUCAAUAGAAAAACCUAGCCUGAUCCAGAACACAUCAGAUGUUUGAGAAAAUCAGCGUAAGUCAUUGUGAUUCUCUCCAGCAGUAUAAUUGGGAUACUGUGUUGACGUAAUUAAGCCAGUUGAUGUGCGCCUGUUACACAAAAGGCCUUUUCCAGGUAAAAAAGGUAUUUUGACAGUCACCUCUCAACUGGCUUUAAUUAGGUCAUCACAGUGUAUUCUUACUUGUAUUACUUGACCAGGACAAAAGAAACAUUCGUUUAUGUACAUGUACAUGCAAUAUCAAAAUGCUUAAGGUUUUUAGUGAGAUAUUUAUGAUAGAUAUCAUGUUUUACACUAUUUACGAUAUAUUUUGGUAUUUGCAGUAGAUAUUUCUUUAUUUGUUGCCAAGAUUAUAUUUUUAUACAGAUUAUUGAUGUCACAUUUCUCUGUGGCGUGAGUGCCAGACAGUUACAAGUUGUUUUGGUACAUAUCUAUCUCACCAGCAAUGAAAAAACUAGAUGCGUGUAUUUUUCUACUGAAGUCAGUGUUUUGAUGAUGUAACACUGUCUCGCAACAGUAAGCAAUGCUCUGCCUACUAGCAUUGCUGAAAUCAUGUAACUGUGAUACCUGUUUAUCCACCUUAGCGAAAUUUUGGUCACUUUUGUGAUAACUACCCGAAGAAUGCGAUCCAGUUUUCUCCGUCCAUUUACAAAUUUCCUUAAUGUCAAAUUAUUUGAAAGUACACUUAUUUUUGUAGUUCAUAUAUUUCAUAUAUCUUUUUAGUAGUUUGUUCUGUGAUAAAAAUGUAGCUUUUGUAGAGAAGUAUGUUUAUGUCAUACUAGGGGCCUACAAGAGAUAUUAAGUUUGCAAAGAUAAACGGGUCUGCAUUAAGUGUUUCAGCUGGGCGCCAGGCCAUUUGGCCUCUUGUUGUUGUUUGUUCGUAAUGGAUUUAUUCAUCGAUGUACAUCCUGUUUAAUUUGUAUCAAAGAAGUUGUUGAAACACUCUUUGGCUCUAUGUGAAAACUGCAAUAAUAUUGUUAUAAUUUCUUUUUUGCAAUAAUUAAGUUAUAGGGCCUAAAUUGAUA